GCUGAGUUGCGUAAUCGGUGUACACACCGUUGAACCUCGACUACUCUGUCAUUGUUCACUACUGAGAAGAACUGAGCAACUUCGAACAUGGCUCCUGCAAAGAACAGAGUAUUUGCUGUCGGAGUGGGAAUGACAAAGUUUAUGAAACCAGGGGGGAUGGAUUACCCUGAAAUGGCAAAAGAAGCAGGUCAAAAUGCCCUAGCAGACGCUGGAAUCCCUUACAGUGCAAUAGAACAGGCCUGUGUGGGUUAUGUCUAUGGUGACUCCACCUGUGGCCAGCGGGCCAUCUACCACAGCCUGGGUCUGUCAGGCAUCCCCAUUGUCAACGUGAACAACAACUGCUCCACAGGUUCCACAGCACUCUUCAUGGCUCGCCAGCUCAUUCAGGGAGGUCUCGCUGACUGUGUGCUUGCCCUGGGCUUUGAGAAGAUGGAGAGGGGGUCUCUAUCCUCAAAGUACAUGGACAGGACCAGUCCGAUGGACAAACACAUGGAGGUGAUGAUCAACCGCUUCGGGAUGGAGGCGGCACCAUUUGCACCCCAGAUGUUUGGCAAUGCUGGUCGGGAACACAUGGAGAAGUAUGGCACCAAACCUGAGCACUUUGCCAAAAUUGCCUGGAAAAACCAUAAGCAUUCCAUCAACAACCCGUAUUCUCAGUUCCGUGACGAGUACAGUCUAGAACAAGUGAUGAAGUCCAGAAAAGUGUUUGAUUUCCUCACUCUGCUACAGUGCUGCCCAACAUCAGAUGGUGCUGGAGCAGCCGUCUUGGCCAGCGAGGACUUUGUCAGGAGCCACGGUCUGGAAAACAAAGCCGUGGAGAUCGUUGCCCAGGAGAUGGUGACUGACACGGCCUCCACCUUUGAGGAGAACAGCUGUGUGAAAAUGGUGGGAUAUGACAUGACACGGACAGCGGCUACGAAAUGCUUUGAGAAGUCCGGACUGACCCCAUCUGAUGUGAACGUCAUUGAACUGCACGACUGCUUCUCUGCUAACGAGCUCAUCACAUACGAAGCCCUAGGCCUGUGUGAAGAAGGGAAGGCCGGCGAGCUCAUAGACAGAGGAGACAACACGUACGGGGGCAAGUGGGUGGUGAACCCCAGCGGGGGCCUCAUUUCCAAAGGUCAUCCCCUCGGAGCCACAGGCCUGGCGCAGUGUGCGGAGCUGUGCUGGCAGCUGAGGGGAGAGGCUGCGGCGAGGCAGGUGCCGGGGGCAAAGGUGGCCCUACAGCACAACAUCGGUCUUGGAGGAGCUGUGGUGGUCACUCUCUACAGGAUGGGAUUCCCUCAGGAUACGCGGUCCCACAUUGGAGCAGUGCUCACUAGUGCGGCCAGUGACUUGGAAGGCUUCAAAGCGACUUCCGUCUUCAAAGAGAUCGCCAACAAAUUAGAAGAGGAAGGCGAGCAACUUGUAAAGAAGAUCGGCGGCAUCUUCGCCUUCAAGGUGAAGGGUGGCCCAGGAGGGGCGGAUGCUGUGUGGGUCGUGGACGUGAAAAACGGCAAAGGCUCAGUGACCAAUGAUGCAGAUAAAAAAGCGGAUUGCACCAUCGCCAUGUCAGAUGAAGACCUUCUAUCCCUGAUGACGGGGAAAAUGAAUCCACAGACUGCCUUUUUCCAAGGAAAGCUGAAGAUCACUGGAAAUAUGGGAAUGGCCAUGAAACUUCAGAGUCUGCAGAUGGCCCCUGGCAAAGCAAAGCUGUGAAAUCACUCGUCCUUGAUUCAUGUAUUUCUCCGUCUGUCUUCCCCCUCCACAAGCGUUGAUAAGACUGACAACUUGUCUGUGAACUUCACAUUAAUAAUUGCUGCUUACUAACAAUGACCAAGAGCAUUUUAUGGCCUCGUCAGUCUCAGUGUGGAAACACCAUAGACCUGUCUUUCUUGUAGAGACUGGUGUCUAGCAUAACUGUGUCUCUUGCACAAGCACUGCACUAAGUAAAUGCAUUGGUAACCAUGAAUUUGUGAGACUGUUUAUAGUCUUUAACCUGAAUAAGUCUUGUGCUAUUUCCAGUACAUAUAACAAUUGAUGAUGAGGCUACAUAAGGAACAGGCAGAAGUAAUGUUGUUGUAUGGACGUCUCUCACAGGGAGGCUACUCAGGGCGUGUAAUUGAAGUGCUCUGUUCGCAAUUCACAUGUUAAAACUAUUUUAAAAGACUCUUUCGAAAAAGAUUUUAAAAGAUUCUUUCGAAUUGUACGCGCUGCUAUCACACCCGGUGUAGCUACUUCCAUUGAGUACAGUGGGUGCCAAGUGCAGCAGCAUACGCAUCGCCAGUGGAGCGCUUCAGUGAUGCACCCGUGUAAACCCCCUGUCAGAGAUAAUGCUGCUGCCUGGGUCUUUAUUCAGCCACGGGCCAGUGAUUAAAACAUGAACUUCCCAUUUUUUUUUUAAAUGCCAUUUUACUGUAGCAUUACAUGAAUCAUUUCCCCUGGAGACUUUCAUAUUAAUUGAUAUGGACAGUACCAUUGCUGUUGGCCUUUGGGUGAUUCAUUGUGAUCUGUAGAAUAGUUGACAUUUAAGUACAACGGUUUGUUUAAACAUUAACAUACUAUCACUGUAUAUGAACCACAGAUGUUCCAUGGCAGAUCAGGUGUGAGGCAUUUGUACUGCAGUUUGUCAGACAUAAAGUGUUUGAAAAUUACAUGCUUGUGAUUCACCAGAAUAAUGAAAUGACAUUACAUUUUGGGGAAAAAAAUGAAAAGAGUGUGUAGUAGGGGGGCCUAUGGAUUUCUGUAAUUUUCAAAUGCUAUUUUUGGAGAGAGAGAUUGUCGUCUUACAGUAGGUGAAAAUUGAGAAAACAACCUGUAAAGAAAUGUAUUGUAAUUGACCAGUGUCCAACAAGAAAAAAUGGAGACGUCUUUUUUUCCCCUUUUUACGAACCCCAAGAAUCAAGUAUAAACCAAUGGUACCUACUAGACGUUGAGGAGACCACUUUUGUUGAUUUGUAUCAAAUAAAGCUUCUAUUAAUUUUCUAUCUA